AUGCCUCCAGGCGGUGGAGGGGGAGGUGGGCAUCUACCACCACCAGGAGGGCCUCCAGAAGAUGGUCGAAUGAAAAGAGCUUCGACGGCCUGUAAAGAGUGCCAGAAACGAAGAACAAGGUGUAGUGGAGUACCUUGUUCGGAAUGUCAGGCACACGGCCGCGAUUGCAUAUUCGACGAAUUGUCCGACAGACGUCGCAAAGCUUCCGCGAAAAAGACGCAGGAAGAGCUCGCCAAUUUACGACUAUUUUUUGAUCAGCUGUUGGACGUAUUUCGCCUUAGUGACGGUGCUGCCAUUCAACAUAUGAUUGAAAUCAUUCGUUCCGGGGCAUCACAAGACGAAAUUCGCGCUGCUGUCCUACAACUCCUUCCCCAAAACGCGCCCUCGUCGCAUCAGCUCAACCCUCAGGUUCUCAAUGAGCAUCAUGAUAUGGGCAACUUUUUUGAGCCUCAUUGA